AUGGACUUCCGCUCGAUGAUGAACCAGAGCUCGAUGGGGGGUGGACCAGGUGCUGGAGGCCUGCGGGGCGACACACCAAUGAACGACAAUGCAGAGAUGAUCUACAUUUCCAGCUUGGCGCUGCUCAAGAUGCUCAAACACGGCCGAGCUGGUGUUCCCAUGGAGGUCAUGGGUCUCAUGCUGGGAGAGUUUGUCGAUGAUUACACCGUCACCGUCAUCGAUGUCUUUGCCAUGCCUCAGUCGGGUACGGGCGUCUCGGUCGAAGCCGUCGACCCGGUCUUCCAAACGAAGAUGCUCGACAUGCUCAAGCAGACUGGCAGGCCGGAAAUGGUUGUCGGGUGGUACCACUCGCACCCAGGAUUCGGAUGCUGGCUCUCGAGCGUGGACGUCAACACGCAGCAGUCGUUUGAGCAGCUCAACCAACGAGCUGUCGCUGUCGUUGUCGAUCCUAUCCAAUCGGUGCCGGGUAAAGUAGUCAUUGAUGCCUUCCGGCUCAUCAACCCUUCAACAAUCAUGCUGGGACAGGAACCGAGACAGACGACUUCCAAUGUCGGCCACCUCAACAAGCCCUCGAUUCAGAGCUUGAUCCAUGGUCUCAAUCGUCACUACUACAGUAUCCCAAUCGGGUAUCGCAAGACGGAGCUGGAGCAGAGCAUGCUGGGCAACUUGCACAAGCGGGGUUGGAUGGAGGGCCUGCGGCUUCGAGACUGGGGAGAGCACAAGAAGAACAACGAGAAGGCCAUCAAGCACAUGCUUGCCUUGUCAGAGGCAUACAACAAGUCAGUGCAGGAGGAGAGCACACUGACGGCCGAUCAGCUCAAGACACGACACGUCGGCAAGCAGGAUCCGAAGAGGCACCUCGAAGACGUUGUAGAGGCUGCCAUGGGCGAUCAAAUUGUCCAGAGCUUGGGCACCAUGCUGUUGGCAGAGCUGUAG